AUGGUUUCGACCUCUCAUUUUAACGCUGGUACAAAUCCCAUAGCUUUUUCAAACAUACCAUUAUCUUCGAAUCAAGCUAUUCUUAAUGAGAAAUCAUCAGAACAUCAGUUUUCAUAUUUUUCUUCAUAUUUGCGAAAAUUUGCUGACAAAAAAGAACCGACAAAAGGUUCAAAGCAGAAGACAAAUUUGAUACCAAAUAGAGAUAUCUAUGCUACGCGCAGGAUGAAAACAGGUAAUUUGCCGAACACGUCAAAACCAAAUACAGCAGCAAUUAAGUACUUGGAAAAAGAUAGUAGAAAUCGGAAAAUGACGGCAAAAGAAAAAUAUGUCGAUUAUGCUAGACGGUUUUUCCAAAAAAACCCGGCAAUGGCUUUGUGGACAGGUGCAAAUAAUCGUGCGAAUAAUACGAAAAAAGGAUUUCUUGGUGAUGAGUUGUUGCAAUGGCAAAAUCACGAAUCGGAAGAAAAUAAUCUUGCGAGAGUAACUGAAGAUAACCCAAAUGUUAUCCCAUCACAAAGUGUUAUUGAGGAUCAUGAUAAAAGUGUUUCCGUAACAUCCUCAAAUAAAUCUGUAUAUUCUACCAGUCGAAUAAAUGAAUGGAGCGAUUUGGCGCAGAAAGUGACUGCAGUUUUAACUACUUCUAAAGAGAAAGUAGAUGAUGAGAAAUAUUUCAAUUCAGCAAUUCAUCCUUCAUGUUCAGUCUCAUUGUUGUAUUCAUCGCAACAACAGGACAUAAAUAUUUUUACAUCGCAGCAAAAAAAUAUUGGCAGUCACAUUCAGUCUUUCUGCUAUCCGCUUGGUUCACAUCAUCAAAAUGAGUAUCAGGCAAUUCCUUUCAGUUCCUCAAAUAUGAAUUUGCAACAGAUUCCAACUGUUCAACAGCCAUAUCCAUUCAUAACUGCAUAUCCACAGAAUUUGUAUACACAAUUAGCAGCGGUCGAGCAAGAUCAGAUGCAGUGUCAUUAUUCUUCUGCAUCUGCAACAAGCCAACCCGCUGGAAUGCAAGUCGUUCAACCUUCGACUAAUGUUAAUAUAGCUCAGAUUCCAGUCACACAAUAUAGUAGUCAGCCAACAACUUAUUCUCGACCAGCGAUAUCUUCCAUUUAUAAUCCACUGGAACCAAAUUAUGGUUUGCCGAAUACUGCACAGGCUGGAUACAAUGGUUAUUUUGGUUACCAUCGUGAACAACCAGCAUAUCAACAAUAUUUUCCACCUUAUCAUGUUCAACCUUCGGAAUAUUAUGGAUCGAAAUGCAGAGAACUUUCACGUGAAAGGCGUCUGAAGAAGGCAAACACAAUUCGUGGCAUUGAUCUGUCAUUUGCAAAUCAAAAAUAUACUGAUGUUAUAAGUGAGGAACUUAUACCAGUACAACAUAAUAGUACCGAUAAUAAUGACGAAUUGCUGGCAAAUAUUGAACAGCUUGAGAAUUUACGAGAAGAUCUAGUGCAAGAAUACGAGCAUUUGUUACAAGUGGAGUAUGAACGAAUCGAAGCGGAAUUUGCAUCAUAUUUGGAUGAACAAGUGAUAUGUCCAUCCUGUCAGAAAAACAGCCUAACAUUUCCGAAUUCAUCGUCGAUCUCUUGCGGAAAAUGCAAUUAUAUCAUCUAUUUAUCCAGUUAUAUAACUUCACCCAAUAUGCUUCUUGAACAUUUUACUGAAAUCUUCACGAAACAUUGGGAAUUUUGUCGUGAACAACUUAUCGUUGUCGUCGAACAAAACAACAUGCUUACAAAUUGUUCGAAGUGUGGUUUUUCUGUGCAAAUUUUUUAA